CUGUCCUUCCUCUCUGGACUGUAAGAAUAUGUCUCCAGAGCCAGUGUCUUCUGAGAUCGAGUCACACCUUCAAAGUCCUGGCAUCCCAAUGCAUCUGGAAAGCUACCUGCAUUAAGUCAGGACUGAGCACACAAGUGAGCUUCGGAAAAAAGAAACUAUGGCUACAGUGAUACUGGAGAGCAUCUUUCUGAAGCGAUCCCAACAGAAAAAGAAAACAUCACCUUUAAACUUCAAGAAGCGCCUCUUUCUCUUGACUGUGAAUAAGCUUUCCUAUUAUGAGUAUGAUUUUGAACGUGGGAGAAGAGGCAGUAAGAAGGGUUCAAUAGAUGUUGAGAAGAUCACCUGUGUUGAAACAGUGGCUCCUGAAAAAAAUCCUCCUCCUGAAAGACAGAUUCCAAGAAGGGGUGAAGAAUCCAGCGAAAUGGAGCAGAUUUCAAUCAUUGAAAGGUUUCCUUACCCCUUCCAGGUUGUAUAUGAUGAAGGGCCUCUUUAUGUCUUCUCUCCAACUGAAGAACUGAGGAAACGUUGGAUUCAUCAGCUCAAAAAUGUAAUCCGGUACAACAGUGAUCUGGUACAGAAAUACCAUCCUUGCUUCUGGAUCGAUGGGCAGUAUCUCUGCUGCUCUCAGACAGCCAAAAAUGCUAUGGGUUGCCAAAUUUUGGAGAACAGAAAUGGAAGUUUAAAACCUGGGAGUUCUCACCGAAAGACGAAAAAGCCCCUUCCUCCCACACCUGAGGAGGACCAGAUCUUGAAAAAGCCUCUGCCCCCUGAGCCAACAGCAGCACCUGCCUCUACAAGUGAGCUGAAAAAGGUUGUAGCCCUUUAUGAUUAUAUGCCAAUGAAUGCAAAUGAUCUACAGCUACGAAAGGGUGAUGAGUAUAUUAUUUUGGAGGAGAACAACUUACCCUGGUGGAGAGCACGGGAUAAAAGUGGGCAGGAAGGCUACAUCCCUAGUAACUAUGUUACCGAAGCAGAAGACUCCAUAGAAAUGUAUGAGUGGUAUUCUAAACACAUGACUCGGAGUCAAGCUGAGCAACUGCUAAAGCAAGAGGGGAAAGAAGGAGGUUUCAUUGUCAGAGAUUCCAGCAAAGCAGGAAAAUAUACUGUAUCCGUGUUUGCUAAAUCUACAGGGGACCCUCAAGGGGUGAUACGCCAUUAUGUUGUGUGUUCCACACCUCAGAGCCAGUAUUACCUGGCUGAGAAGCACCUUUUCAGCACCAUCCCUGAGCUCAUUAACUACCAUCAGCAUAACUCUGCAGGGCUCAUAUCUAGGCUCAAAUAUCCAGUGUCUCAACAAAACAAGAAUGCACCUUCCACUGCAGGCCUGGGCUACGGAUCAUGGGAAAUCGAUCCAAAGGACCUGACCUUCUUGAAGGAGCUUGGGACUGGUCAGUUUGGGGUAGUGAAGUAUGGGAAAUGGAGAGGCCAGUAUGAUGUGGCCAUCAAGAUGAUCAAAGAAGGUUCCAUGUCUGAGGAUGAGUUCAUUGAAGAAGCCAAAGUCAUGAUGAAUCUUUCCCAUGAGAAGCUGGUACAGUUGUAUGGUGUCUGCACCAAGCAGCGCCCCAUCUUCAUCAUCACUGAGUACAUGGCCAAUGGCUGCCUCCUGAACUACCUGAGGGAAAUGCGCCACCGCCUCCAGACUCAGCAGCUGCUGGAGAUGUGCAAGGAUGUCUGUGAAGCAAUGGAAUACCUGGAGUCAAAGCAAUUCCUUCACCGAGACCUGGCAGCACGAAACUGUUUGGUAAAUGAUCAAGGAGUUGUUAAAGUAUCUGACUUCGGCCUGUCCAGGUAUGUCCUGGAUGAUGAAUACACAAGCUCAGUAGGCUCCAAAUUUCCAGUCCGGUGGUCUCCACCAGAAGUCCUUAUGUAUAGCAAGUUCAGCAGCAAAUCUGACAUCUGGGCUUUUGGGGUUUUGAUGUGGGAAAUUUAUUCUCUGGGGAAGAUGCCAUAUGAAAGAUUUACUAACAGUGAAACGGCUGAACACAUUACCCAAGGCCUACGUCUCUAUAGGCCUCAUCUAGCUUCAGAGAGGGUAUAUAGCAUCAUGUACAGCUGCUGGCAUGAGAAUCACUGGGGAACUCUUAAAACUGCAAAUGACUGGGCCUUACUUCCGAAGAUUCCAAUUAGAAAGCAGAGGAACGUCCUACUUUCAAAAUUCUUCUGAGCAACAUCCUAGAUGUCAUGGAUGAAGAAUCCUGAGCUCACCAAUAAGCUUCUUGGUUCUAUUCCUCUCCUCCACAAGCCCCAAUUUCACUUCUGAGGAAAUCUCAGGCUUGCAGGCACUGGAGCCUUUGUGCUUUUGCUGAAUACACAAAGGCCCCCUCUCUACAUCUAGGAAUGACACUCUUCUUUGAUUCUCUGGAAUAGUACCUUCUGAGCAAAAGCCAAGGAAUUAUUGUGCCUGUUAUUGUCCUCAGAACGAUUUCCAGGAGUAUUAAGACAGGACUGAAUUUGGGAUGGAAAGUUUGGGGGAUGGAGGGAUGUAAAGAGCCUGACAAGGGGUCCAACAGCUCUUUGGGUAGGCAUUAGAGCUUGGGGGAGGGAGGCAGAAUUUGGGAAGAAUAAAACGGUGUCAUAAAAAUGGGAGGGCAGGGUGUUUUGAUAAAAUAAAAUUACUGGAAAGCCUGAA